UUAACUAGAUUGAGACAGCAAACUAGCAAAACCAAACAAGUCUGUCCAUCUGUACCGUUAAAUUGACAUUUUGCUCAAGUGUGUGCUUUAUCUAGUCAUGAUCGGCUGAUCAGGGCCAUCACUGGCAAGUCUGGAUGGUUAUUAAAUAAUAUCACCAGUAGCCUAAUGUUGACCAUCGUUGUUAUCAAUUGAAUAAUCUCAAGGACAACGUUACGCUAAGAAUCAGGCGCUGUUUUCACCUUCGGGAAAAGUAAAUUUGCCGACAACAUCCCUAGCAGAUUUUGGCUGAAGAAUGACACACCUUCCAAAAUAUGUUGUGGAGAUGAACACACCGCACUGAUCACAGAGAAAGGAAAGCUAUUUAUGUUCGGCAGUAACAACUGGGGACAGCUCGGUUUUGGAACCAAGGCCACUGUGGCUAAGCCUACGUGUGUGAAAGCUUUGAAGACAGAAAAGGUGAAGCUGGCUGCGUGUGGAAGAAACCACACUCUCGUUUACACAACUCAGGGGAAUGUCUAUGUAACCGGUGGCAACAGUGAGGGACAGCUUGGCCUUGGGGACUACGAUGAAAGAAGUACUUUCCAAUUGGUGGACUUCUUUAACAAGCGGGGACCAAUCAAAAUGCUCGCUGCUGGUUCCAACACCUCAGCCGCUCUCACACAGAGCGGGGUGCUGUACGUGUGGGGGGACAACUCCGAGGGCCAGAUCGGUCUGGGAAAAGAGAGCAACGCUGUCAAACCGCACAAGUUGUCUGUUGGACGCCCUGUUUCCUGCGUGGCCUGCGGAUACUACCACUCUGCCUUAGUGACCGUGGACGGGGAGCUGUACACGUUCGGCGAGAGGGACAGUGGGAAGUUGGGCCUGCCCACCAACAAGCUGGCCAAUCACAGAGUCCCUCAGCUGGUGGACGGCAUCAAGGAGCGAGUCCUGCAGGUGGCGUGUGGAGGAGGACACACUGUGGCUCUCACAGAGGAUUGCCUGUACACGUUCGGCCUGGGUCAGUUUGGGCAGCUUGGACACGGGACCUUCAUCUUCGAGUCGCGGUCACCGCGCGCAGUGGAACACUUCCGCAAGGGCCGAGUGCAACACGUGGCAUGUGGAGAGAAUCACACCGCAGUGGUCACAGACUGUGGCCUUCUGUACGCGUUUGGAGACGGUCGUCAUGGCAAACUGGGGCUCGGAGAGGAGAACUUCACCAACCAGUUCAAGCCCACGCUGUGUCCACGGUUCCUCAAGUACCACGUAGAGACGGUUACAUGCGGAGGUUGUCACAUGCUUGUGUUUGCCAAAUCCCGCUCGAAGGCGGAACAGGAAGUGACCUUGGAGGAGGAUGAUGUCACUGAGGACUUCUGGGAGAAACCCUACACAGAGUUGCUAGGCGACACCGUGGGGUCUGCCACCCUCCAGAGGAGUCUCUCUGCUCGGGUCCGGCGCCGAGAAAGGGAGCGAUCUCCUGAGCAGUUUGGGGUGAUGUUCCGCACUCUUCCGCCGCUCUCGUCCACGCACCCGGGCGCCACCAUCCUGCCCGUGCCCAGUCAGACGCUGCCGCCCAGACUGCACCUGACCGACCUGCAGGACCGCAACGACCGCAACGACCUCAACCGCGGGCGCGCCAAGAAGAGCGGCCUCUCCACCAGAAUAGGAAAAGUGAAAAAGUCCAAAGCCAAGAAAGGUUCUCCAGCGGAAGCCGGAGACGACAGUGAGAGUGUGAAAGAUCUGGGCGAAACCACAGAUAUACUAAAUGUUACUCAUAUGAUGAAGAUGGACCCCAGUGACCAAUCACUGACGUUGUCUCCAGUGCAUAAGGACGGUGCAGGCGAGGCCUCACAGGUGACCAAUCAAGAUGGAGCGGAGGACGAAGAUGAGAACGACGAAGGUGUUGAAGAAAUGGAGGGCAGUGAGGAAGAGGAGGAUAAGGAUGAAGAAAAGGAAGAGGUGGAGGAUCAACUGAUAGACGAGGUGGAUUCAGAGCCAGACGAAACCCCCAACACCUCGUCACCGCAGGAAGCAGAGGUAGAAAAAGAAAAAGAGGUGGCGGUCUCAGAUGGUGAGGUUAAAGAAAAAGAGGUGACUGUCCCAGAUGGCGUGGUCAAAGAAACUGAAGAAAAAAUGGAGUCACAGUCUCAAAAGGAAGAGGUGCUGGAGUCCAGCACACCGCCACAGACUAAGGAGGAGAAACCAAGAGGCAUCUUUGGACCAAACAGAAGGGGUUCUCUGUUCCAGCGGCAGCCCCCCAGCAGGCGGCAGGACUCAAAGGAGGAGGUGGAGGGCUUAUCGGAGAGCACGUCAACAGGGAAGCCGAUCGCUGAGGGAUCCUCCACGUCUGACCAGAGCGUUGGAGAUGCAGGUCGCUGCAUCGCUAGCGAAACCCAGCAGGGCAAGAAGGCACCUACUGCCAGCCGCUCACGGUCAGCUACCUGCGUUCUCCUCUGAUUACCCUCAGAGGGGCAACUGCUGGGGUGAACACUGGGAGCCUACAGCGUGUGCAGAUCUCCAGGAUAACCACUAACUUUGUUUCUGAUUCUUUAUUAAAAAGUGACUGAUUGUGUUUUGUCCAUGUUUCUGUCAAUGAGGGUUUUUAAUUACCGUCUAAUUGAACAGAAUCUCCUCUUUUCUCCCGUAAGGAUUGCAGUUUGUGAGUGUGGAACUGGAGCAUGUGAAAACAGAGCUUGUUGUGUACUUUAUUUUACAAAUGCCUUUAUUGUCUUAUUGUGUUUGUUUGUAUAUGUGCAUGCAUUUUGAGAGUGGUUUAUAUUCUUAUAACAAAUGUAUUUUCCUAUAAUGAUUUAUUUAUGUUGGGAUAAACUGCACACUUGCACUUUACCAAGUGUUUUUAUUCAAAAGAACUCUUGGAGAUUUUGAGAUGUGUAACUGAAUGUUAAACAACAUUUUGUAACAGUUAACUGUUUUGUAUUUGAUGUGAUUUCAGUAAACAAAUCUGU